CAGCAUUUAUGACUAUUGUUUAAUGUUCUGCCCACAAUAAACAAUAAAGAUAUAUUGGGCUUAAUAAAACCAAAAAAAUGGCAGGCUCAUCACAAUAUAUUUUGGUAAUAAGUCUUUGCUGCAUUGGCUUUUUGGCUGGAGGGUUUGCUCAGCUCACUCCAUUUUUUUACAUGCAAAGCUGCCCAAGUGUGACCAAUAUUGUUGGAGGGGUCAUUCAACAAGCUCUGCAGACUGAUCCUCGUAUUGCUGCCAGUCUCAUUCGUCUUCACUUCCACGAUUGCUUUGUUAUUGGUUGUGAUGGAUCGCUAUUGUUGGACAGCACUGAUACAAUAGUGAGCGAAAAAGAAGGUUUUGGAAAUAUUAACUUGGCUAGAGGUUUUGAAGUUGUGGUUAAUAUUAAAACUGCCGUUGAGAAUGCUUGUCCUGGUGUUGUCUCUUGUGCUGAUAUUCUAGCCAUCGCAGCUGAAGAAUUUGUGCGCUUGGUAAAUACAAAUAAUUAAGGGCAUUUUACAUAAAUGUAUACAUUUUUUUAAAUAAUUACAAAAAAUGUGCAAAAAAACACAAUUUUAAAAAUAUACACAUUUCAAAACAUAUUUACAAAAAUUCAUACAUAUUUUUAAUUAAAUUAUAAUAAAUAUAUUAAUGAUUUAACUUUCUAUAUAUAGAUUUGUAUAAAAAAUAUUUAUAACCAAUUGAUAUGAUAUUAAUGAAAAGGCCACAACUAAUUAGCAAAAUAUAUAUAUUAAUAAUUAAAAAACAUAAAAGAUUCUAAUUAUAAAUUUGUUAUCAUACAACUCACGUGAAUAUCAUAACUGUUAUAUUUUUAAAAUUGAAAUCAUAUAUAAUCAUAAUUGCAAGGGAAAUGAAAACUAAUUAUGAUAUUAUUUUAAUAAUCUGAUUAUGUUAUAUGAUUAUUAAAAAACUUAUAGCUAUACGUAUAUUAUCAUAAUCUAAUCAUAAUUAUCAAAUUCUAAUUAUGUUAUAUGAUUAUUAAAAAGAUUAUAUUAUCAGAUUUUAUUGGAAAAAUAUUAAAAAUUGAUAUUAAUUAUACAUAUGA